AUGGUGAUGAGUAUGGUUCUGGCUACUGCCGCGAGCGAAUUCCACAGAUCUCGUCUCCUGAGUGAGCACGUAUCCGUCGAUGAUUUGUCCGAUGUGGAGGGUAGGUCACAUUAUGGCAAAGCUCUGUCGGGGCUCCGUGAAGUAUUGAAACAGGAAGUGAAGUCGCCCGAGCAGAUCGAGGCGAUCUUCAUCACACUGUGGCUCAUGGGUGACUAUGAGAAUCGCUUCGGCAGUGGCUCUGCAGGAAUAAACGUUCAUAUCAAAGGCAUAACGUCGCUACUAUUCAAUCAUAUUAUGCCACUCUUGAAACCCCGGCAACAAGGCCCGCCCCCAGCGAUCUCUAUGGGUGAGUCGUCAGCGAAGGACCAUCCAACUGAAGGCCUGGAAUCUCAGCCAGCUACCUCAGCAACCGAAAAGCCGGACGGAAAACUCCGAUACACGUCGGUGCCUUUGUUUUUACUUUGGACCUUGUAUUUAUUCAACCCAGGCACCAUAUUCUACGGUCCAGGCUGCGCCAAUGCCAAUAUUGGCCUUCUCCGGCUCUUUCUGUGUGCAGAACCAGGAGGUACUAACUUGAGCUUGCCAGAACUUUACAGAAUUAGCAGGCAAUCACCGUCCCAUUUUUGGGGGGAUGGGUAUCCGGCGACAGCCCACUUGGAUGACCUGGAGAAUCUGCCCGGCCUGGGUCUGUAUCAUCGAAGCCAUGUGACUCAGUUCCGUAUCACCGAGCUUUAUCGACAACACUCGUUCAGCGACGUAGGGGUACAAUCUCCCUUUCAACAGAUCGUAGAUGAAAUUUCUGCUAUUGCGAAAGAAUUUGAUAUUCUGCUAUCCUUCGCAAAGGCCGCUCCUUCCUAUGAAAUUGCGGGCGAGGGACGUCGGGUGAUGGAAACAGUGUAUUGGUCGUCAAUGAACUACUACAGUACGAUCGUGUAUUUCCAUCUCUGCUUCAUGGAUGUACUGAAAGAGCAACCUCAAUGCUUGCCGCCCCAAAUCCUUUCCCUCGACGAGGCCGCAUCCCUGGUUCUGGAGCUGGCCCUAAAGCUCCAUCGCAGUCGACCUCGAGCGAUGAUUCGGACUUUUUGGCCCCUUUUCAUUGCAGGCAUCGCCACGCGAGAUCAAAUCUACAAGGAUUGGGUGUCAACUCGGCUACGAGAACUCACCCGCUACGGCCAGAACUAUGGCCGUGUAAGUGAUCGGUUUGAUGAGAUCACCCAGGGACAUGAUUCGUUUGCGUACGCUCGGAAAUAUCUGAGCACGCUUCAUCAGAACUGA